GCUGCCUACCCGUUAAUCCGGAAACCCGGUAUUUCCUAACGCAUAAGGUACUUUAAGUAGCCGAAUCAUUUAUAUUCCUUACGAAUACAUCCAUCAUACCAUAAAUGAAACACCCAGAUAUGGGUGGCAAGUAAUCACGAUGCCCCUCCGGCAACUCCAUCCCGACCCCAACUCGCAUAACGCGAAUAGUGGAAUCAUUGAUAUAGCCAGAAAAGUCGAUAUUAUUGCGGUUCAUGGUCUGAAUCCUCGCGGUAAGAGAAGGGCCGAUCAUGCGUGGGAUACAUGGCGUUAUCCUUCUGGGUCACGAGGGCGUCUCUGGCUUCGCGAUGACCUCCCCCGAGACCUACCCGAAUCGCGAAUCUUCCUGUACGAGUAUAAUUCAACUGUUGUAUACGGAAAAGAUAGAAGCACUUUUAUUGAACGAGCGAAUAAACUACUGGAAGAGAUAAGAAUAGAAAGGAACGGCAUCGGGUCCAGGCCGAUCAUAUUUCUAGGGCACAGCAUGGGUGGGCUGUUGAUUAAGCAAGCGUUGAUUGACGCGCACAAUAACUCAAAAUACACUCCGAUCAAGCUUGCGACCAAAGGGUUGGUCUUCUUCGCCACGCCUCACUACGGGGGUGAUGGGACGCUGGUGACCCUAGGAGAUGUGGUCUGCAAGAUAGCAAAGUCCUUAGGCUUUUGGAGAGGGGAGAGUGUCUUAGAGACUCUAAAACGCAAGAGCAUAUUCUCCGAUAUCAUGCAAGAACAGUGGAGGCAUCAGUUGGAGCAAUAUUACAUUGUUUCAUUUUGGGGAGCAUUUGAUAGUGUCGUACCAAGGUUAAGUGCACGCCUCAAUCUGCCUGGUGAUCGGGAGACCAUAGUGGCGUUAGACGCAGAUCACAGCAGGGUAUGCAAGUUUGGCUUAAACCAAACUGACAACGACAAUUUUAAAAUAGUGCGAAGCAAUAUUAGAGAGCUCUAUGAGAUGGCAAAGGAGUCAACCCAACCUGGGUUACUUAAAAGCACCAAAACAUUGAAAGUCCUAAAGGCACUUGACGUACUGCCAUAUGAAGAUUGCAAGAACACGAUUCCGGAGCGCCUUAGCGGUACAUGUGCUUGGUUCACAGAUCACCCCCAAUUCCACGAUUGGAGGGAUAGCACAACGCCGAGUAUGCUCUGGGUAUCCGCGGAUCCAGGAUGUGGGAAAUCUGUUUUAGCAAGGUAUCUGGCCGAUAAGGUACUCGCCAGCACGGAUACAAGGACCACUUGCUACUUCUUCUUCAAGGAAGAUUUAAAAGACCAAAGGAAUAUGACGGUCGCCAUACGCUGUAUUAUACGACAGAUUAUCGAUCAAAGACCUGAUCUCCUCUCCAAUAAAAUAAUCGAAAUGUUCGAAUCCAGAGAAACGCUUACUAGCUCUUUCUCGGGGCUCUGGGAAAUUCUCGUCGAGCUGACAACAUUUCAAGCCGAUGGAGAAAUUGUCUGUAUCAUGGAUGCUUUCGACGAAUGCGAGGAAGAGGGUCGAUCUCAACUAAUUGAAGUAUUGAGCAAGUUAUAUUCACCAAAUAACCUAAACGGUAGCACGGGCGUAUUGAAGUUCCUUUUCACCAGUCGACCGCAUUCUACUAUUCGACGAGGUUUUGAACGUCUAAAAAGCCGCAUCCCUACAAUUCAUCUAAGUGGGGAAGAGAAGGUAUACGAAUUUUCUCAAGAUAUCAGCUUGUUAAUCGAGGAUAAUAUUCGAAAUCUUGACCUUGGGCUCGGACUGUCAAUGAAUGAAAAGGAAGCCUUGAGACAGGAGAUUACCAAAGUUCCCCAUCGGACAUACUUAUGGAUAUAUCUCGUCUUCAACGCUAUAAAGGACAACGUCGACAUUACGAAAGAAGGACUACAGCAACACAUUCAUACCCUUCCUCAAACAGUAGAAGCCGCCUAUGAUAAGAUUCUGUGCCGAAGCUUUGAUGCAGUACAGGCUAAGCGGCUCUUAAGUAUCGUGGUUGCCGCCACGCGACCGCUUUCUUUAAAGGAAAUAGCAGUAGCAUUGGCUGUUAAAGAAAGCCACCGAAAGAACGACGAUCUUCUGCUUGAACCGGAAGAUCGGUUUAAACGCACUGUCAGAGAUCUGAGUGGAUGUUUCAUUACAAUCGUGGAAUCGAAGGUAUACCUACUUCAUCAAACCGCAAUGGAUUUUCUAGUCAAGAGCCAAGAUCAACCAAUUAUAACUGCACCAACAAGCUCUCGUCUUCGAUGGAAACAUUCUCUGGAUUUAGUGGAAUCACAUCGCCUUCUCGCCAAAGCCUGCAUUUGGUAUCUUCUCUUUGACUGUUUCAAGGCCUGUGAUUGGGGUUGGGAUGAGGAUGAUAGCGUAACAAAUUUUUGUCGCCGCCUUAUUAACCAUUUUCCACGCAACGAAUGGUUUUUCGACCUUUAUCCCUUCCUCGGAUAUUCAACACAAAAUUGGUCUACUCAUUACCAGCAAGCUCGGUUUCAAAAGGACGAGCCAAUCCAGAAUUCUAUGUUGCGCCUCUUGGAUCUAAAAGAAAGUAUGCUAUGGUACAUUAUUUGGGCGUCUCUGCAUAAUGAAUAUCCACGAUUCUACUCCGCACUGACGCAUGCAUCGUACCUUGGGCUCGAAGUGGCUGUCGGGAAGCUAUUAGACAGGGGAAGUUUUGAUAUCGAGUCGAAAGAUACGAACGAUAGCCAAACACCGUUAAUGUGGGCGGCUCAAGAAGGUCAUGUAGUAGCGAGGCUAUUACUUGAUAACGGUGCUAAUGUCAACUCGGAAUAUCUAUUUGACACACCACUCAUUAAGGCCGUGAGAAAUAGACAUGUCACUAUUACGCGCCUACUACUCGAGAAAGGCGCCAAUAUUGAAGCAGCAGACUUUGAGGGGAAAACCCCGCUCUUCUAUGCUGUUACAUCGAGGAGAGGGUACGAUAUCCUAAGUUAUAGCGAUUGCAUCGUACAAGUCUUGUUACAAUACGGCGCAAAUAUUCAAGCAAGGGAUAUCACGGGUAGGACGCCGUUAUCGUAUGCCGCCGAAGAAGGCUGUGACGCUGCAGUCCGUUUACUGAUCGAGAACGGCGCUGAUACCGAAUUAAAGGAUACUCAGGGGAGAACAGCAUUAUCUUAUGCUGCCGAAAACGGAAAUACUACUACCAUACGAAUCUUGCUUGAACAGUGUGCUGACGCUGCAUCUAUGGAUAAAUGGCACCGGAUACCAUUGUACUAUGCAAUCAAGUGGCGACACGAUGAUGUUGUUCGACUGCUAAUGGACAAGGAUAUUAGUAAUAUCCCAAACUAUGUCAAGCAAGGGUUAAUAUUACAUACGAUGUACGGGGAACAAUAUAACAUUACGAAUUUGUUGUGUGAGGACGAUGCAUAUAAAUCUGCGUUGAGCGAGAUGAACCUCUCGUUGGACUCGCCGCCUCCAUCAUCGGCUGCCCUAGUUAGGACCGUAACAGAUGCAGUAUUGUCUGUCUGCUGGUUUUUUGGUUACGAAUAUUGGCAACAGAAUGGAUCUACUCAGCCAUUAGAUGAGUCGUAAUACGAAUAGGUUACA